AUGUUCAGGUCUCCAUCUGAGGUCCGAGUCACCUCUCGUCAAAUUCCCAAAUGGGAGCGCAUCCCCAAUACCUCCAUCCAAUCCAAGCCCCUCCUUAUCUACCACGGAGCGUUCAAUGCCUCGCCAUCUGAGCUGAAGUCCCAUUUUGAAAGCGUCGGGGAAGUCGAGCCGCAAUGGGUGUACGGCAUGUUCCCUCAGUCACACUUCCACUCCACGACGCAUGAAGUCCUAGGGGUUGUUUCGGGGAGUGCUCGUCUGUGUUUUGGUGGUGAAGGGAAUCCGGGUAGGUUCGAACCAACGGUCAAGAAGGGAGAUUUGAUGAUUGUUCCAGCUGGUGUUAGCCAUCGACUUCUUGAUGAGUUGGAGAACUUUAAGAUGGUUGGUGCGUAUCCAAAGAAUAAGGAAUGGGAUAUGUGUUAUGGGAAACAAGGAGAAGAAGAGAAGGUCAAGGAUUUUGAAAGGGUUGAUUGGUUUCAUCAGGACCCUUUGUUUGGCGCAGAUGGGCCGGCGUUGCAUGUUUGA